AUGUAUAAGUUAGCCGUAUCGGAUACGUAUCGUUGUAAUGGCACUCUUUGUCUCGAAUAUCAUAACAUCUAUGGCGAUCUUAAACUUAUGCUGUGGAAUCCGACUACCGCGGAAGUCAAGUUAAUUCCCGAUAAAUCUAAUAGUUUUUCCAAUGUUUGGGCUCAUCAUUAUCAAGUUGGUUAUGAUCGUGUUAAAGAUGACUAUAAGAUGAUUCGGUGUACACAUUCUCCAAAAUCUCACCGUCGUUGCAGUCUCCAGGUUUCUUCCUUUUGGGAGAUAUUUAGCCUAAAGACUAACUCUUGGAGGAAAAUUCACGACGAUAUGCCUCAUUCAGAUAGAUGUGUCAGAGAAGUGUAUUUGGAUGGAGUGUCUCAUUGGUGGGAUCAAUGUUGGUUGGUAUCAUUUGACUUCAUCAAGGAAUCUUUCAUUACAACAACCAUACCCUCUUACGAGCGUGAUGUUUUUUAUUUUAAUCCACCAUUGGCGGUAUUAAAUGGAUCUAUUGCUUUUAUGAGAAAUUAUGAAGAGACAAGUACAUUUCAUAUUUCAAUUUUGGGUGAACUCGGUGUAGGGAAAUCUUGGACUAAAUUCUUCAUUGUUGGGCCUUUACCUUGCCUUAUGUGUCCGAUUGGCAUAGGGAAGAAGGGGAAUAUAUUGAUCAGAAAGAAAGACGACGGACUAGCUUGGUUUGAUUUAAGUACCGGGACGAUUUAUGAUAUCGGUGUUACAGCGGGAUCUGAUUGCAAACUGUUAUACCAAAAAGAAAGCCUUCUUCCAAUUGGAGGAAUAUAUAGUAAAUUUUCUUCUUGUUUUCAUCCAGAAGCUAUAUGA